GGUGGUGUCCUGAGGAAUUGGGGUCGACUGGACUUCGGGCCUGGAGUUUGGCAUUUCCGCCCACGUGGGAAGCUGCUGUAUAGAUCCAGCUUGAAUUUCAAGUGCGAGAGAGUCCUGGAUCGCGAGUGAUGGGUCCGGCGCCAGCUGGAAAGCAGCUGCGCGGAGCGACUGGAGGGCCAGAGGUGAUGGAACCAGCCCUGGAAGGCAAAGGCAAAGAGGGGAAGAAGGCAUCCUCUAGGAAGCGUACACUGGCUGAGCCUCCUGAGAAGGGCCUCCUGCAGCCAGUGAAGCUCAGCCGGGCAGAACUGUACAAGGAGCCUACCAAUGAAGAGCUUAAUCACCUUCGGGAGACUGAGAUCUUGUUCCACUCCAGCUUGCUUCGUUUACAGGUAGAGGAGCUACUAAAGGAAGUAAGGCUGUCAGAAAAGAAGAAGGAUCGGAUUGAUGCCUUCCUACGGGAGGUCAACCAGCGGGUCAUGAGGGUGCCCUCAGUCCCUGAGACAGAGCUCACUGACCAGGCAUGGCUCCCAGCUGGGGUUCGAGUACCCCUCCACCAAGUGCCCUAUGCCGUGAAGGGCUGUUUCCGCUUCCUGCCCCCAGCCCAGGUUGUUGUUGUGGGCAGCUACCUUCUGGGCACCUGCAUCAGGCCAGACGUCAACGUGGAUGUGGCACUGACCAUGCCCAGGGAAAUCCUACAGGACAAGGACGGGCUGAACCAGCGCUACUUCCGCAAGCGUGCCCUCUACCUGGCCCACUUGGCUUACCACCUGGCCCAGGACCCCCUCUUUGGCAGUGUUCGCUUCUCCUACACCAAUGGCUGCCACCUGAAACCUUCACUGUUGCUGCGGCCACGUGGGAAGGAUGAGCGCCUGGUCACUGUACGUCUGCAUCCGUGCCCUCCACCUGACUUCUUCCGUCCGUGCCGCUUGCUGCCAACCAAGAACAAUGUGCGCUCUGCCUGGUACCGAGCGCAGAGUCCUGCAGGGGAUGGUAGCCCAGAGCCCCCUACCCCCCACUACAACACGUGGGUCCUGCAGGAUACAGCUCUCGAGUCCCAUUUGCAGCUCCUGUCAACCACGCUGGGUUCAGCUCAGGGCCUGAAGGACGGCGUGGCACUUCUGAAGGUCUGGCUGCGGCAGCGGGAGCUGGAUAAGGGCAAGGGUGGGCUUACUGGGUUCCUUGUCUCCAUGCUGGUUGUCUUCCUUGUGUCUACACGCAAGAUCCAUACCACCAUGAGUGGCUACCAGGUCCUGAGAAGUGUCUUGCAGUUUCUGGCCACUACAGACCUGACAGUCAACGGGAUCAGUUUAUGUCUCAGCUCAGAUCCCUCUUUGCCGGCCCUGGCUGACUUCCACCAGGCCUUCUCUGUUGUCUUCCUGGACUCCUCAGGCCGCCUCAACCUCUGUGCUGAUGUCACUGCCUGUACUUACCACCAGGUGCAGCACGAGGCACAGCUGUCUAUGAUGUUGCUGGACAGCAAAGCUGACGACGGGUUCCAGCUGCUGUUGAUGACUCCCAAACCCAUGAUCCGGGCUUUUGACCACAUCCUGCAUCUUCGUCCACUGAGUCGCCUGCAGGCAGCAUGCCACCGGCUGAAGCUCUGGCCAGAGCUGCAGGACAAUGGUGGGGACUAUGUCUCAGCUGCUUUGGAUCCCCUGAUCACCCUCCUAGAGCAGGGCCUGGGGACGCGGCUGCACCUGCUGGCUCACUCUCGGCCCCCAGUCCCAGAGUGGGACAUCAGCCAAGAUCCACCAAAGCACAAAGACUCUGGGACCCUGACCCUGGGACUCCUCCUCCGGCCUGAGGGACUGACCAGCAUCCUUGAGCUGGGUCCAGAGGCAGACCAGCCUGAGGCUGCUGAAUUCCGCCAGUUCUGGGGAUCCCGCUCGGAGCUUCGGCGUUUCCAGGAUGGAGCCAUCCGGGAAGCUGUGGUCUGGGAGGCAGCCUCUAUGUCCCAGAAGCGCCUUAUUCCCCACCAGGUGGUCACUCACCUCCUGGCACUCCAUGCUGACAUCCCAGAAACCUGUGUUCACUAUGUGGGGGGUCCCCUGGAGGCACUUAUCCAAGGCCUGAAAGAGACCUCCAGCACAGGCGAGGAGGCCCUGGCAGUGGCAGUACGUUGCUACGAUGACCUCAGUCGCCUACUGUGGGGACUGGAGGGUCUCCCACUGACCGUGUCUGCUGUUCAGGGAGCUCAUCCAGUGCUGCGCUACACAGAGGUGUUCCCACCAACUCCAGUCCGACCAGCCUUCUCCUUCUAUGAGCCUCUGCAAGAGCGGUCCUCACUGUUGCCCCGGCCCGAUAAGCCCUGUCCAGCCUACGUGGAGCCCAUGCCCGUGGUUUGUCACCUGGAGGGCAGUGGCCAGUGGCCACAGGAUGCUGAGGCCGUGCGGCGGGUGCGAGCUGCCUUCCAGCUGCGCCUGGCAGAGCUGCUGACGCAACAGCAUGGUCUGCAGUGCCACGCCACUGCCAUGCACACGGAUGUCCUCAAGGAUGGAUUUGUGUUUCGGAUUCGUGUGGCCUAUCAUCGGGAGCCCCAGAUCCUGAGGGAGGUGCAGAGCCCAGAGGGGUUGAACUCGCUCAGAGACACACCUGCCUCCCUCUGCCUUGAGAGAGACACAAGGCAGUUGCCACUGCUCACCAGUGUCCUGCAUGGCCUGCAGCAGCAGCACCCAGCCUUCUCUGGUGUGGCGCGGCUGGCCAAGCGAUGGGUGCGUGCCCAGCUUCUUGGUGAGGGGUUCACUGACGAGAGCCUGGAUCUGGUGGCUGCUGCCCUUUUCCUGCACCCUGAGCCCUUCACCCCUCCCAGUUCCCCCCAGGUUGGCUUCCUUCGAUUCCUUUUCCUGGUAUCAACGUUUGAUUGGAAGAACAACCCCCUUAUUGUCAAUCUCAACAAUGAGCUCACUGUGGAGGAGCAGGUGGAGAUCCGAAGUGGCUUCCUGGCGGCUCGGGCACAACUCCCCGUCAUGGUCAUUGUUACCCCCCAAGACCGCAAAAACUCUGUGUGGACACAGGAUGGACCCUCGGCCCAGAUCCUGCAGCAGCUUGUGGUCCUGGCAGCGGAAGCCCUGCCUGUGUUAGAGAAGCAGCUCAUGGAUCCCCGGGGGCCUGGGGACAUCAGGACGGUGUUUCGGCCACCCUUGGACAUUUAUGAUGUGCUGAUUUGCCUGUCUCCCCGCCACAUCCCGCGGCACCGCCAGGCCGUGGACUCACCAGCCGCCUCCUUCUGCCGGGGCCUGCGCAGAGAGCCAGGGCCCUCAUCCCUGAUGCCCGUGCUGGGCUACGAUCCUCCUCAGCUCUAUCUGAUGCAGCUCAGGGAGGCCUUUGGGGAUCUGGCCCUUUUCUUCUAUGACCAGCAUGGUGGAGAGGUGAUUGGUGUCCUCUGGAAACCCACCAGCUUCCAGCCCCAGCCCUUCAAGGCCUCUGGCACAAAGGGGCGCAUGGUGAUGUUUCAAGGUGGAGAGCCGGUAAUGGUGCCCAAUGUAGAAGCAAUCCUGGAGGACUUUGCUGUGCUGGGUGAAGGCCUGGUGCAGACUGUGGAGGCCCGAAGUGAGAGGUGGACUGUGUGAUCCCAGCCCUGGAGCAAGCUGGAGAUGGCCAGCAGGACCUUGGACCUCUAGAGCAAGAUGUCAGUGGGCCAACCUCCACUCCUCCUGGACACGAAUCCUUCAUGGAGGGCCUGCUGGCUGAACACGCUGAAUCAUCUGCAGCAAAGCCCAGCCCCAAUUUUUUCUAUGAUGCUUGAGCAUUGGGGCAGGGGCAUGGUGGCCCGUGUCGUCUCUUGGGCCCAACCAUCCUAGAAGAGGAGUGGGAACCGGCUCAGAGAAAGAACUGAACCCAGGAGAUUCAUCCAGGUGGAUGAAUCUAUUAGCCCUGGGCCUAGACCUGCCCCCAGUUUCCCACUCCUUUCUUAGUCUUCUAGAAACAGAGAAGGGGGCGUGUGCCUGGAAGAGUCUCUGUCUUUUUCCUACUGCCAGGACCUGUGCCUGGACUUCAGUCUGCCCUUCACUGCGAUGUUAGGCCUUUAGAUGGGACCCAGAGAAAAUGUGUCCCUUCCACCGACACUGAGCAGUGGAAAGGGGCUAUAUGUGUAUGAAUAGACUGCAGUGAAGGAGCACAAUGCCCUCCUGUGUUGGUGCCACUUCCCAGGGUGGAGACAGUGGAAACGAACUGAGGACAGGAAGGGCUGGGUAGGUGAAGGGAUCGGGGGACUGGCAGUCCCCCAGUCUUAGAGAGGUGCAAAAAGCACUGGGUUGCAUCUGCCCUGGCUGUUUGCCCUUUCAUGUCACAAACUGCCACUACUAUGCACCAGCAGUGGAGUUGCAGAGAUGAAGGAGACUAAGUCUUCCUCCCCAGGAGCUCCCAGGGCCUGAGGAGGAAAAUGCUCCCUCCUUUCAGUCUUGUCUGCACCCCCUUUCUGGCAGCCUCUCUGCUUCCCCUAAUUCCGGCUGUUUUCCAGACUCAGCUCAAAUAGUUAGUGCCCCUCCUUAAGCCCAUCCCUCGCCCCGAGCCUGAGGUGAUCAUUCCCUCCUCUGAACUAUUAGAGCAGUUACUGUGUGUGUGUUCAGUUCGCUUGGCAGGCACACACAGUGGCAUAAAUUAAAUUGUUUCGAACCCUGAUUUAAAUUGCAGCUGGGUGUGGUGGCUCAUGCUUGUAAUCUCAACACUUAGGGAGACAGGAGGCUCCCUUGAACCCAGGAGUUCUAGACCAGUCUGGGCAACAUAGCGAGAUCCUAUCUUUUUUAAAUAAAAAGUUAAAUUGCUUAAUUUCCCCCAUGUUCCUGGCCUGUCUCCUCCCUUUACGUAGUUUUGACCUGGUUUCCUGUAUGUAAACUCCUUGAGGGCAGGGAACAUGUUUGAACAUAGAUUUCUUCAUGUCCUUCCUAGCACUUAUUACAGUGCUUUGCUCAGGCCAUCCGGCACAGGCAGGUGGAGGGCAGGGAAGCCCACUCUGGAAGAUUGCAAAGUAAAGGGAAUCUAUUUUACUGCCUGGAACAAGUGGGUGGUGAUGGUGAAAGAGAAAGCCUAAGAGACAAUAGAGCUGACGUUUAUUGAGUGCCUAACAGGGGGCCAGGCGGGGUUAGGUGGUGGUAUCCGUAUCUUAUGUGUGGAAAUUUGGUCAUACGGUCUCACAAGCCCUAUGGAGUAGGUGCUUUUAUUUACCUUUAUUUUCUGAGUGAGGGAACAGGCUCAGUGCAGGGGCCUGUCAUGGAGGAACUUUGAUGCCUGGCUAGCAAGCUCUGUCCUCAAGAUGAGAAGCUGCAUGUGGGAACUCUGGCCUCCAGUUCUGGCUUAACUGUUGGUCUUUGUGAAUCUCUGCUUGCCCCUAGCCACUGCCAUGGAGCAGCUCAGACCAGGGUUGAAAUUAGAAUAGGGAGGGAAUAAAUUGGCUGGUUGUGUGA